UGUCGCGCUCAACGAGUCUUUCGUCGAGGAGGACACGCACCUGGAGCUUCGCGAGUCAGACGAGAUCGCCGUUAUUCCACCCUUGAGCGGAGGAUAACAUGGACACCUAUCAAGAUUUAGUUGGUCUUGAAAGCAAUGUAUUAAACAUCAAUGACAUUAUUCAAUCUGUCACUUCAGCUUCUUGUGGUGCAGUCUCUACCUUCAUUGGCACAACUAGAGAUAAUUUUGAAGAUAAGAAGGUUAUAAAACUAGAAUAUGAAGCUUACGAACCAAUGGCUCUUAAGCAAAUGAGAGCUGUUUGCAAUAAAAUAAGAUCACAAUGGAGCGUUGAAAAAAUUGCUAUAUAUCAUCGAUUAGGAGAAGUUCCUGUCAAAGAAGCAAGUAUUGUUAUUGCCAUAUCGUCACCGCACCGACAGGAGUCAUUGCUAGCUGUGCAAUAUGCCAUAGAUGCUGUCAAAACAUCUGUACCCAUAUGGAAAAAAGAAAUUUAUGCAGGUCAUAGGCCUCAGUGGAAAGAAAACAAGGAGUGCGCUUGGUCCACAAACAAUGUAAACACAAUUGAUAAACAAACAGAAGAUUUUGAUAUGGAUAAGAACAGUCACAUAGAUCAUGAUUAUGGUGUUUCACCUAGUGAUGAACACUUGAAAAUUAAUCCAGAUGAGAUACAAAUUAAGGCUGAUGAUGCUGAAAUUAAAAGGAGAAUAGAAGCUUUUAUUUCACUCAAAAAGAAUUCUGAUACUUCAUAUAAACCUUAUAUUCAUAAGACUGGCAGCCAAAAUGAUGACAUUGAAAAUACAGAGGUCUGUGCGCGAGUUAAUUGUAUUUACAGAAGACUUGAAGAUUCAAAAAGUCAUAUAAAAGUUGGCAGAGUUUACAACCAGUGGAGCCAUCAGAGUACACAAUCUUCUCUUCUUAUAAAAAGUAAGGAUAAAACAAGUAAUCAUACAACUGCCCUUGAAGAGAGAUUAUGUGCUAGUGAACAAUUUCUUGGAAUCAAUAAACCAGUUCCUAAGGAUGUAUAUGAGAGAAUAAAAAAUAUUGAAGACAGACUUUUGCACUUAGAGUGUAUAUCUCCAGAGUACAAAUUCAUGUGGAAGAGAAGUGCACGAAUCAAUGUAGGUACAGAUGACGAAAGCAAUGAGAAAGAAGAUGACUCGAAAGAUGAUUCAGAUUAUGCAACAAAUUCAGAUAAUACAACAAAUAAAAAAAGGAUUUACUCAACAGAUUCUGAAGAUAGGUAUGUUAAAAAAGUUAAGAGGUAGCGCAACAAGAAAACAAGCUUAGUUAUGUUUGUUUCAAACAUAUUAUUUUGUAAAUAUUUAAAUUAAUUUAUAAAUAGGAAAUUGUUACUAAAGAAUCAAAAAUAACUAUUUUUAUACUUAAAGUUAAUAGUUAAAUUGGAUUAAUUAUUGUUUCAAAUG